AUGUGUUACUAUGGAGGAUACUAUGGAGGCCUGGGCUAUGGCUAUGGUGGUCUAGGCUAUGGCUAUGGCUGUGGUUAUGGUGGCUAUGGUGGCUAUGGUGGCUAUGGUGGCUAUGGUGGCUAUGGUGGCUAUGGUUAUGGCUGUUGCCGCCCACUGUGCUGUAGAAGGUACUGGUCCUGUGGCUUCUACUGAAGAGAUUCUGUAGCUGCUUUUCCUCCUAACUAUAACAACCUCUCUAAGUUAAAGUAUCUCCAAGUGUUUUAAAAGGAGAAUUAUUUUAAUAGCUUCAAAAACACUUUUAUAUUCUCAAUUAUCUGUGGAAAAAAAGAAAUUCAACUUGUCUAUAUGGUUUCAUCCUAAUUAAUAAUACAGUAUGACAGUCUGUAAAAAAAAAAAAAAACUCUUCUGAAAAUGUACUUAAUAAUGAUGUAGACUACAUCUAACUUGGCUCUUCACUUACAUGUAAAAUAGACUUGUGUUGUUAAAUAAACCAUAUUUGUUUCAAGUA